AUGACUGAAUCGAGAACUCUCCGGUCUUCCAAACGCCGAAAGCUCUCAAACACAGCGCUAGUCAAAGACGACGACCGUUCAGACUUUCUCCACGAGGCAAAGGAGUCGGUAGAGCCUAACGUGCAGGGAAAAACCCGAUCGAGCAGCAGGCUGAAAAAGGCCCAAAGCAAUGGUGCUCCACCCAAACCGUCAUCGUCGCGUGCACGCCAAACGGAUCCCCAGAAAGAAAACACGGGGAAAACAACAGCAACGAAAAAGCGGCUGAAGCCCGUGGCGUCUGUUGGACGGCCAAAGGAAAGGAAUAAGGACCUUGAGGAUGAGAGUAUCUGGGAUAUUCCUAUAGAGGUUGAUACGGAGCAAGAUGGUCAAGGACAGGACGGGUUGGUUGGUGCGCUUCUAAGUCGGGCAUGUGGACCUCAGAAGGAUGUCGAAGAUGCAGACUCUUCCGCGGUUGCGGCACAGUUACAACUCGAGCUAUCUAGAAACCAGCUUGUUAUACCCCUUCCACAGUUACUCGAGGAUACUCCGUAUGCAGCGAAGCUUCGAUCGUUCUGCGAAAGCCAUGGCCUUGAGGACAUGACGAGAUCCCUUGCUAAAUUUCUCCUGGAAAAAUUAAACGGCACGCAGCUUCUUCCGCUCAAAGGGUUAGCGGCCGAAUAUCAAGCAGUCUACCAACUGAUUGAGCAAACUAUCCUUGCCGGAGAAGGAAACUCCAUGUUACUUCUCGGUGCUAGAGGCUGUGGGAAAACCGCGCUUCUGGAGACUGCUAUUUCGAAUCUUUCAAAAAGUCAUAAAGAAGACUUCCAUGUUGUUCGCUUGAAUGGCUUCCUUCACACGGAUGACAAAAUCUCCCUAAGAGAAAUAUGGCAUCAGCUCGGGCGUGAGAUCAACGUUGACGACGAUUUGAGCAAGACCUCGACUUAUGCGGAUACAAUGGCAUCUUUGCUAGCUUUGCUAUCCGAAGUGCCCAACGAUGCAUCCGAUGCUUUCACCACUACUAAGUCGGUCAUAAUUAUUCUAGAUGAAUUCGAUCUUUUUACAUAUCAUCCGCGCCAAACACUGCUCUACAACCUUUUUGAUAUCGCUCAAGCCAAAAAAGCGCCUAUCGCAGUUAUCGGCCUAACCACGAAAGUGGACGUUAUGGAAACCCUCGAGAAACGGGUGAAGAGCAGGUUCAGUCACAGAUACGCUUUCUUACCGCGGCCUCGGACCUUGGCUGAGUUUUCUGAAAUCUGCAUGGCAGGAUUGAAAAUUGACUCUGUUGAGAUACAGGAUUACUCCUUGCAGUCAAGACAGUCUCACCAUUCCGACAAUAUAAGGAGCAUUGUGAAGAGCCCUAAAUUCCAGACUCUAUUAGAGCAAUGGAACGCUUAUCUUGAACGCCUCUGGGACGAUAAACCUUUCCAAACACACUUGAAAACGAUAUUCCAUCGCACAAAAUGCCCCAAGGACUUCUUUACUAGCGCGCUUUUGCCAGUAUCAAAUCUCGCCUUAGGGCCCUCACACAAACCUUUACUAAUACCAACCGCCAAUUCAUUCACCUCCGAUAUACUCUGCCCCGACCCAGCACCCUUCCCGUUUCCGACAGCUUCGGCCACUUCAACGAGCACUGUCUCAUUACCAGUGUCGCUUUUGCUGGCUGCUACACGCUUAACAGCUCUCCACGAUCCAAAUUUGAGCUCCCAACCCCAGAGCCUAAUUCCAGUGACCCUUAGCUUCCCCGCUGUAUACGCAGAAUACGUACGGCUCCUCACGUCGGCGAAAGCUUCAGCCUCUGCGUCCGGUGCUGCCGCAACACCUGGCCGGAUAUGGGGCAAAGAAGCCGCGAGGGAAGCGUGGGAAAAACUGAUUGGCUGGGGACUGGUUGUCCCAGCCCCCGGAGGUGGUGGGAUUGGGGACGGGAAAACGUACAAAAUCGAGAUCAGUUUCGAGGAAGUUGUUGACGGGAUGGGCCAGAAUGGUGUAGGCGCUUUGGGGCGCUGGUGGAGGGACGGAUGA